AUGGCUGAGUAUGAGGCAUGCACGCUUGGGAUCCAAGCGGAAAUUGACUUCAAGGUCAAGUUGCUCAAGGUAUAUGGAGACUCAGCCUUAGUAAUCCACCAGUUGAGAGGAGAAUGGGAGACCAGGGAUCAUAAGUUGAUACCCUACCAAGCCUACAUAAGGAAAUUGAUAGAGUACUUCGAUGACAUAUCCUUUCACCACAUUCCUAGAGAGGAGAAUCAGAUGGCUGAUGCCCUUGCCACUCUGGCGUCCAUGUUCCAACUAACCCCGCAUGGGGAUUUGCCGUACAUCGAAUUUAGAUGUCUUGGAAAGCCUGCACAUUGCUGCUUGACAGAAGAGGAGCAAGAUGGUAAACCUUGGUACUUUGAUAUCAAGCGAUACAUCGAAGACAAGGAAUACCCAUGGAAGGCCUCUGACAACGACAAGAGAACGUUGCGAAGGUUGGCAACUGGCUUUUUCCUAAGUGGAAAUAUCAUGUACAAGAGUGAUGUGGACAUCAAAGCCCAAGCCCAUGACAACCACCAGAUCCAAGCCCAUGACCCUAUACAAGACAUAGGAGGACCCAUGACAAGAGCAAAAGCUAAAAAGGCCCAAGAAGUUGUGGAACAUAUGGUGACUAUUCUGAGGGCAAUUCAAAUGCAGGGAGAGGCCCAACACUUGGAGGGCCAUAAGAGAGAGUUGCUAGUCCUAUGUGUUGAAUGCUUGGAAUGA